GCACUCAAUCUAGCGAUGAGCUGAUGUUCUUGCGUCGAGAGGGUACAAGAAAUUUACUUGUCAAGAUGCUCAAAAUAUAUAUAAUGAAAAACUCCAAGGAGCCAACUUUUAUUUCACUCCUGGUGGUCAAUCAACAUGUUGCGCUUGGUGUUACUCCUGGUCGGUGCCGUGACUUUCGUCUCUUCGAAAGAUCACGAGCUUACAGCUUUUUCCGGGCUUCGAGCUCCCGUCGCUACCGGAGACUUUGGUCUCAAUAGACAGGAGGCUGUUAUAAACUACAUUAACCGGAAGCAGUCUUUGUGGCAGGCUGGCAAAAAUUUCGAUGACAGCGUUUCCGAGGAUUACUUGCGUCGUUUGGUGUCUGCACGUAUUUCAGAGGAGCCUUUGCCACUGCUCAAAACAAAAAACAUAACCGAUGACGACCCGGAGAGUUUCGACGCACGCACAAAAUGGCCGAAAUGCCCGAGUAUUUCUCACAUUCAUGACCAAGGAAAUUGCGGUAGUUGCUGGGCUGUGUCCGUUGCAUCAGUAAUCGCGGAUCGCACAUGUAUCACUUCCGACGGGAAAUUCACGAGCCUCAUCUCCGCUCAGGAGAUCAUGUCCUGUUGCAAAAAAUGCGGAUGGGGUUGUGAGGGAGGGUGGCCAAGCCUAGCUCUCGAGUUUUACCGAAAACACGGCGUCGUCACUGGCGGGGACUUCGAAAGCAACGAAGGAUGCAUGCCUUACGAGGUGAAGCCGUGCUCCCAUCGUACUGACGGACAAUAUCCGGGCUGUAGCACGUACAACAGGUCAGAGACGCCCGCCUGCAGAACGAAAUGCAGCAACCCACACUACACGAUUCCACGAAAACAAGACCGCCACUUCGGUGCAGCUCCUUAUGAAAUUGGCAUUCGAGACGUCAAACACGAAAUCUCCCACCAUGGCCCUGUGAUCGCCAUAUUCUACGUCUACGAAGACUUUUUCUACUACAGAUCAGGGAUCUACACGCACGAAUGGGGCAAACUGGCUGGACUACACGCAGUGAGGGUAAUCGGAUGGGGUAAAGAGAAUGGCGUUGGCUAUUGGCUGGUUACCAACUCUUGGAACGAGGAUUGGGGUGACCGUGGGCUUUUCAAAAUCAAGUGGGGUGUUGAUGAGGUCCGCUUCGAGGAACGUUUCAUAGGCACUACUGUGCGAAAGUGAUCGCAAAGAAAAUGAUGAUGAAUGUAAAACUUUACCUAAAAUACUCUUGAAAUUGUUAUGCAUAAAGGUGCUCUUUAUAAUAGAUUAAAUUGAAAUUUCGCAUUAAA